AUGCAUGUGUACAUACAGGGAGCCAACUCGUGGCUUAACGAGCACGUCGAGGCAUACAUCCGCCGGCAUGUGCCCGACGCUGUCUGCUACGACAACUUUGCCUCUUUCCCUGAGGACGCGGACACAGUGUUUCAACUGUGCGAUGGAUGGCACAUGAAUCGACACUUUGCCGCCUUGAACAAGGCUAGCAAUGGACUUCUCAACGCGUACCCCAACAGCGAUGCACUCGCCCGGAAGGAUCAUCUCGCCAGGGUCGUGGAUUACUGGACCACCAAGAGGCCAGACAGCAUUCUCAAGGGCCAUGUGCCCGCCACGGUUCGACUUUCUCUCGAUUACAGCGAGUACGUUGAUGAUGCCCUGGCUGCUGCUGACGACCUCACACUGCUGUAUUCGCUCGAGGACAAUGAGCAGAAGGACGCAGCAGAACGCGAUUGGUGGAUUCUUAAACCGGCAAUGAUUGACUGCGGUCAUGGAAUCCGUAUCUUCAGUACCAUCGAAGAGCUCGCCGGCAACCUCGAACUUGCUGCCAACAUUUCUGAAGAGGAGGACACGGACGAGGACGCCCAAUCCGUGGGCGCAAAGUCCCAAGACGAUGAUGAGCCCGAAUUUUCGCCUAGCCUAUCGAUCCCUGGCUUGAGCUCCCUGGAUGCCCUGAUCACGGCCACUGGAAAGCUAUCUGUUGAUGAAACGGAGCAGCCCAGAAUCAAGGAACCCCCGUUGGUCAUUGACGAGCACGAACGUAUCCCGUCGGCCUGGAUGCGCGAAUUCGUCGCUCAGCAGUACAUUGUGUCGAUCCCGCCUCUAGAGGGCAGGAAGUGGCAUGUUCGAGCCUAUGUCCUUUCAAUUGGACGCCUCAAGGUCCAUGUCUUCCGAGAGAUGCUGGCGUUGCUGGCGCUGCAGGACUAUGAGCCGCCCUGGAAGAACCCGAGUCUCAAGUCAUCUCUGACCAACACGGCGCUUCAAGACGAGGAUGAAUUCACGAGCAAGGAGUCGAUGAGAGAGUUUUGGGAAAUCUCUGACGACCUGCUCCCUGGCGAUUGGAAGAACAGCAUAUUCAACCAGGCUUGUGAGAUUUCGGCUGAGUUGUUCCGCGCCGCAGCUCAUACCAUGGCGGACAAGUUUACGCCACUGGAUAAGUGCUUUGAGCUCUUUGCGAUCGACUUUCUUAUCGAUUCCAAUGGCAGUGCCUGGCUACUUGAGGUCAACGAGACGCCGGCCUUCUAUCAGCAUGGAUACGCAGGGGCCUUGGCUCUGCGACUUAUGGAGUCGCUUAUCUGUGUGACUAUGGAGCACAUGGACAAGGCGAACCUAGAGGAUGAAAAGAAUGCUGCUGCCAAGGAGCGGUUCAUUGAGGUUCUGGAUGCGACUAAUGAACUCGCCAAGAGCAACAUUACCGAGAUCAUGCCUGGAGAUUGA